UUCAAAACUUGUUUAUGGAUAUUCAAAAACCCGUACGGUUUUCGCAAUAUUUCAAGGUUUUCUCUGUUCAGUAAUCACUCUUACUCAAAAAUAAUAUCAUAUUCGGAAUCAGCGUGAAAAACUGCAUCGAAUGGUGUACAUAUCAUCCCCAAACUAAUGGUCAAACUGAACGUUUCAACGCUACAUUUGCAACACAGUUAUCCAAAUAUUGUGAUGAAGAAAAAUCAAAUUCGGAUCUUUAUCUACCAUCCAUUGUUUACGUCUACAAUCAUGGUCAACAUCGUUCUACGGAGUUCACUCCGUACCAACUCCCCUUCGCUCGUAUGCCUCGUAAUCCAUUUGAUCAUCCGCAAACAGAAUUCAAAUUCUCACGUCCUAAAGAUUAUUGGACUGAAAUUCAACGCUUCAAAGCGAUUACUAACAAGAUGGCUCGUUCAAACAUUCAAUACCAACAAACAUUGACAAAACAGCGUUAUGAUCGAAAUAGAUCCAGUCCUGUUUACAACACUGGUGAUCUCGUUUGGCUCAAAAUAUUAAUCGGCCAAUCAAAGUUAGAUGAACGAUAUCGUAGUCCCUAUCGACUUACUGAUAAAACGACUGCAGUUAAUUACAGGUUAGAUGAUGAUGAUGGUGCAUUGGUGGCACACGUCAAUAACUUAUUACCGGUUUAUGAACGCUUGGUUUAG